UCAGUCCACAAGUUGACUCCCUGGGAUAUUAAUGUGGUCGCGGCUAUGGGGGACUCUCUAACGGCUGGUAAUGGAAUAUCUGCCUCCAGUUGGGUAGGAGUACUAACCGAGUACCGAGGAAAGUCAUGGAGUGUCGGUGGUGACGGAUCACUGGACGAGGGCGUAGUCACAUUACCCAACAUCUUGAAAAAGUUUAACCCAAACCUGAAGGGCUACUCUCUGAAUUUUGGAGACAGAAAUGGAGCUGGAGCUAACCUCAAUGUGGCUGACCCUGGACAUACGUCACACGACAUGCCUGAUCAAGCACGGAUGUUGAUCGAAAGAAUUAAAUCUAUGCCUGGUGUUAGUUUCCUUAACGACUGGAAAAUGGUGACAUUGUUUAUUGGUGGAAACGAUCUAUGUGAUUACUGUAACGACCACGCCCGAUACAGUGCCGAUAACUACAUAAAUAACAUCAAAACUGCGCUGGAUAUUUUACACGCUGAGCUGCCCCGCACAUUCGUCAAUCUAGUGGAGAUAUUUGACGUCACUCCGGUUGCUGCUCUCAGUCACGGUUUCUUCUGCUCCUUUGUAACGAGCUAUGCAUGUCAGUGUGGCAAGGAUCCAGCAGCCGUAGCAGAAGUCCGUCAGGCGGCACUUGACUAUCAGUUCGAAACCGAGGUUUUGGUCGCAAGUGAGCGAUACAAUACUCGAGACGACUUUACUGUGGUGCUCCAGCCAUUCUUUAGGACCACUGUACCACCAAAUGAGCAAGGAACCAGUUCACCGGACCUUUCCUACUUCUCGCCCGACUGUUUCCAUUUUAGUGAGAAGGGACAAUACGCCGCGGCACAUUCCCUUUGGAACAACCUGUUGGAACCUAUUUCCAGGAAGGAUGAAGCAUGGUACAUUAAUGAACCGUACUUAUGCCCAAAUACACACGCUACGGGGACAGGGCCAUACUUUGCAACGUCCAAGAACUCUGCCUAA